AUGCCUGAAGUUCUUUCCUCAGGAAGUGGAAGUUUUUUUGUUGAUGGGCCUGGUGGAAUAGGAAAAACAUUCCUUUAUCAUUCCUUUCUUGCAACGCUUAGGUCUAGUGGCCACAUAGCGAUAACUGUUGUUUCAUCUAGUGUGGUUGCUUCUAUUGUUCCAGGAGGACAGACUGCCUACUCACGAUUUAAAAUUCCCUUAGAUGUUUCCGCAAACAAAAUUUGUCAAAUUAGCAAACAAAGCUCUAUUGCAAGACUGAUCAUGCUUGCUAAACUAAUUCUCUGGCAUGAAGCGUCCAUGACUAAAAAAGAUACUAUUGAGGCAUUUGACUUGCUACUAAAGAAUGUCAUGGAUUCUGAUAAACCUUUUGGAGGUAAGAUCAUGGUUUUUGGAGGUGAUUUCCAUCAAACCUUGCAUGUUAUACCAAAUGGUUCAAAGGACCAACAGAUUGAGGCUAGCUUUGUUCAUUCACCUCUAUGGAGAACUUUUCAAAAAAUAACUUUAUCAGAGAAUAUGCGAGCUAUUUCAAAUCACCAAUACUCGAGGUUUCUUUUGAGAGUAGGAGAGGGACACGAGCCAGAAGAUGAGGAAGGGAAAAUAUCUUUGCGUAAAGACAUAUUAAUUCAAUUUGAUAAUAAAGAUAUAUCAUCGACAAGUCAGUACAGAUUUCGCAAUCUUAGUUUACAUGAUUCACAUUUUGAUAUGCUGAGUAUAUACAUAUAUAUCUACCCAGAUUCUUAUUUACUUAGAUUGAUAGGCUUCGCCUUUUCAGACCUGCAUGCUUAUUCAAUAGAUCCAUAUGCAAUGAUCAGUAGGUGUAUCCUUACACCAAAGAAUUCCUGUGUUGAUGAUAUCAAUGAUGUGCUCAUUGAUUGA